AAUGGGAUUGAUGGCCAUGUCGAUGCGGAUGCAACUAGCCCUGAUACAAGUGGUGUUGGUGAUUGUGCCGGCAAGCAUGGGAACUACAGCAGCUAACCAAACCCUGCUUGGCUGCCCAAGGUUUUGUGGAAGUGUUCCAAUUCCAUAUCCAUUUGGAAUAGGCAAAUCAUCUGAAACCGGUCACAACCGUUUCUUGGAGGGAGCAUUGGAGCUCACUUGCGAGGCAAAAACACCAAAAGGGGGUCUUUUUACAAAUUAUUUACCAAAAAGAGGCUCUUUUGCAAUUAUUUGUGGGGGGGUCUGUUUUUUUAUUGCAAAGCGCCCCCCAGAUAGGCGCCUUCACUGUGCACGUGACACGUGGCACAGCAGGUAGCGCCCCUGACGCGGGCGCCUUUGGUAGCGCCUAGGGGUCAGGCACCA